AUGAUUGUAGUGGAAAAAAAUCUUUGCUAUAAUGAUGGUCAAUGCUUUCUAAACAAUGAAACCUGUUCAAUAACAUUUGUUGGUGUGUGCAAUGAUUGUUACUAUGGAGAACAAUGUCCAUUUUUAACAAAAGGUUUUAUUUUCUCACUUGAUCCGAUUCUUGGAUAUCAUAUUAAACCAAAUAUUUCAUUUCAUCAACAACCAUUUAUUAUUAAAUUCAGCAUUUUUAUCACUUCAAUUAUGUUAAUUUCAGAAUUCAUCAUGGGUUCAUUAUCUAUAGCAACAUUUCAAGUAAAAAAAUCAAGAGAAGUUGGUCGUGGUUAUUAUCUUUUAGUAUCAUCGAUUAGUUCAAUGUGUAUGAUUAUUAUGUUAACAAUUAAAUUUUGGCAACUUGUUCUGUCACAAAUGUCAAUCAUAACUAAUAGAUCAUUACUUUUGUUUAAUUGUAUUUCAAUUGAAAUAAUUCUUAAACCUUGUUUAGCAUCAAGUGAAUGGCUUAAUGCUUGUUCUAGCAAUAUAAAGACUGUUUAG